CCAUAACAGCGUGUCCGGGACCCUCCGCUGCUAUAUAAGAAAGCGUGCACCACAACUCGGCCUUGUGUUGAUAAAGUAGCGGCGCUGCCAUGACGUUCACAGUCGAGCUCCUCGUUUUGAUAACCGCCUACCUUACCGUCGCGUCCAGCGCAAUUCUGUUGCCCAUUGGGCAGUCAACGAUAGUGCCUAAGGAGCUGGACCCAGAGACGUUAUCAGAGCACGCGUUCGAGGGCGACAUCGUGCUGACGCAGCAGCAACGUACGGAGGCCGUCACGAGGAAGGCGACCCCCUACAGCGUACUGCUGUGGCCCUCCGACCCCAGCGGCGUCAUCUCUGUGCCUUACACUUUUGGCGACUCCAUCAUCAACCGCACGGGCGUGCAGAAAGCCAUCGCGCACUGGCAGGACAAGACGUGCGUGACGUUCAAAGCAGCAGACCCUAACUACACCGGCGCUCGCUUGAUUUUCUUGAACAGCAACCAGUGCGCCUCCUACAUCGGCAGGGUGUCUGACCAUGGCCAGCAGAUCUGGCUGCACCCAAACUGCGUGUCUAAUAUUGGUUCAACUGUCCACGAGAUCGGGCACGCAUUAGGCUUCUUUCACGAGCAAUCGCGAUCUGAUCGCGACGAGUUUGUGGAAAUAAAGACGGAAAACAUCAGUCCAGAGACUAUAAGUAACUUCGGCAAGUACCAAACCAAAAACUAUGAAGUGCCUUACGACUACCACUCGGUCAUGCACUACGGUAGCCAUUUCUUCUCCAUGAACGGCAAAGCAACGAUUGUGGCUAAACAGGUUCUCGCUCAGCCGUUGUUGGGGAACCGCCUCUGGCUCAGCUUCAUGGACAUAAAACUGGCUAAUAAAAUGUACGGCUGUUCCGACUAA